AUGCAACAGGCUUUAGAACGAGCUUUGGACCGUGCGGACUAUGUCAUCGCAGGUGCCCAGCAGAGGCCUCCUAAAAGGAAAGUCUCGUCGAGUGGGGAAGCAUCUCUCUACGAAAAACUUUACGACAUCUAUGUGGAAGAAUGUGGGAGAGAGCCUGAGGCUCCAGAGGAGCUAAGAAGCAACGUGAACUUGCUAGAGAAGCUCGUGAGGAGAGAGUCGUUGCCGUGUUUAGUGGUCAACCUAUACCCAGGAAAAGAGGGAUAUUCGCUGAUGCUCAAAGAGAAACAUGGAGCGUAUUCAGAGACUAUUCGGCUGCCUUAUGAAGAAAGGGAAUUUCUUGAAUAUCUGGAUGCUGAAGAAUUACCUCCUGUUUUGCUGGACCUCCUGGAAAAAUCUGAGGUGAACUUCUUCCACUGCGGGUGCGUCAUAGCGCAGGUGCGGGACUACAGGCAGUGCAGCGGUGGGGAACCUCCGGGCUACCAGAGCAGGCAUAUUCUCCUGCGCCCUACCAUGCAGACAUUAGCCUGCGACGUGCAGUCCAUAACCAGCGAUGGCCAGGAAUGGACCCAGGAAGACAAACUGUUGCUUGAGAGCCAGCUGAUCUUGGCUACCGCUGAGCCCCUGUGUCUGGAUCCUUCUAUAUCUGUAGCCUGCACUGCAAAUAGGCUGCUCUAUAACAAGCAAAAGAUGAACACUGGGCCGAUGAAAAGGAGCUUCAAGAGGUACUCUGCACCCUCUCUGAAUCAGCAUUGGGAGCUGUCUCAUUCUCCACCUCCUCCUGAGCUGACAGUAUUGACUUCUUGCAAAAAAAGCAAAGAAAGUAAAACAAGUGAGAAUUCUGACUUCAUAAUUUCUAAAGCAGCAGAUUAUGUAGAUAUGUGGAAACAGAGACCCUGUGACUUGGCUUUACCUUCUGAAGUGGAUGUGCAGAAAUAUGCUAAAUGGGAGAAUUUUGUCAAAUGUGAUGGCUCACAACCAACAGUGUGGCCAGCCCAUGAGAUAAAAGAUGAUUCUGUAUUUGGAUAUGAAGGUGGUGAUGAGUCUCAGACAAAGCUGACCUUGAUGCAGUCACUUAAGGAUCCACUUAUCUCUGGAAAAAGAAGACGACGUAAAAAAGUCAGAUAUGAGAGACAGAUAUCUUCUCCACACCCCUCCACAGAUGACCAUUCAAAUAGUGUCCUGCCUGGGUCAAAGACUGAUGGUGGUGUGGUAGUCACUGAGCCAGAGGUGGUAGUCCUGCACCAGGCCAAAUGUCCAGUCACCACUUCACAUAGUUCCACCGACUCAGCCAGCUUCAGCCAGCUGCUUCCAGGGAAAGAAACUGAACAGCCCAAGAUCCUUUUGGGUCAGUCUUCAGUCCUGGGGAAGGGAUUCAGACAUCCAUCUCCAACCAUCAAACUUCCCUUAAGCUCAGAAAAGACUUCAUCAGGUAACAGUUUAACUCCAUGGCAAGGAAACAGCUUUCUUAAAUCUCCAUCUCCUGUUCUUGCUUCUAAGCCACCAAGUCUUUCUCAGAAACCCACUGUGGAAGUGAUUCAAGUUAGCAUGCUUCCUCCAGCCACCCUGUCAACUACCAGCUCAUCACAAAGAACCCUGGCCACUCCAGUCAUGGCCAACUCCCAGAAAUCCUCUGUGGAAGUGAAUCAAAUUAGCAUGCUUCCUCCAGCCACCCUGUCGACUACCAGCUCAUCACAAAGAACCCUGGCCACCCAGGUCAUGGACAACUCCCAGAAACCCUCUGUAGAAAUGAUUCGAGUUAGCAUGCUUCCUCCAAUCACUUUAUUUACUACCAGCUCAUGUCAAAGAACCCUAGCCACCCAGGUCAUGGCCCCCUCUCAGAAAUCCUCUGUAGAAGUUAAUCAGGCUGGCAUCCUUCCUGCAGCAAGCGUGUCCACUACUAACUCAUUACAAAGAACUCUGGCUACCCCAGUCAUUACCAACUCUCAGAAACCCUCUACGGAAGUGAUUCAAGUUAGCAUGUUUCCUCCAGCUGCUUUGUCCACUACCAGCUCAUCACAAACAACCCUGGCCACCCAGGUCAGUGCCAACUCCCAGAAAUCCUCCAUGGAAGUGAAUCAAAUUAGCAUCCUUCCUGAACCUACUGUGUCCACUACAAACUCAUUACAAAGAACCCUGUCUACCUCAGUCACUACCAGCUCCCAGAAACCCUCUAUGGAAGUUAUUCGAGUUAGAAUGUUUCCUCCAGCCACUUUGUCCACUAUCAGCUUAUCACAAAGAGCCCUGACCACCCCGGUCAUGGCCAACUCCCAGAAAUCCUCUGCGGAAGUGAUACAAGUUAGCAUGCUUCCUCCAGCCACCCUGUCAACUACCGGCUCAUCACAAAGAACCCUGACCUCCCAGGUCAUGGCCAACUCCCAGAAAUCCUCUGCGGAAGUGAUACAAGUUACCAUGCUUCCUCCAGCCACCCUGUCAACUACCGGCUCAUUACAAAGAACCCUGCCCUCCCAGGUCAUGGCCAACUCCCAGAAAUCCUCUGCGGAAGUGAUACAAGUUAGCAUGCUUCCUCCAGCCACCCUGUCAACUACUGGCUCAUCACAAAGAACCCUGGCCUCCCAGGUCAUGGCCAACUCCCAGAAAUCGUCUGCAGAAGUGAUACAAGUUACCAUGCUUCCUUCAGCCACCCUGUCAACUACCGGCUCAUCACAAAGAACCCUGGCCACCCCGGUCAUGGCCAACUCCCAGAAAUCGUCUGCAGAAGUGAUACAAGUUAGCAUGCUUCCUCCAGCCACCGUGUCAACUACCGGCUCAUCACAAAGAACAGUGGCCACCCAGGUCAUAGCCCCUUCUCAGAAAUCCUCUGCAGAAGUGAUACAAGUUACCAUGCUUCCUCCAGCCACCCUGGCGACUACCAGCUCAUCACAAAGAACCCUGGCCACCCAGGUCGUGGCCAUCUCCCAGAAAUCCUCUGUAGAAGUGAAUCAAGUGAACACGCUUCCUGCAGCCAUCCUGUCUACUGCCAGCUCAUCACAAAGAAGCCUGGCCACCCCUGUCAUGUCCAACUCUGCAGGCCACAGCAUCAUCAAAGUGGUGGGCUCUGGUUGUGGAGCCCAGGCUUUGGGGAGGGGUUCCAGUUGCGGGAAGGGCUCUACCUCUGGGACCACAGCUCCUAUGGAUAUCAAGUCUAGCACCCUGUCCUCAGGAGCUAGGCCACCAAAUGUAGUGCCUCCUGCACCACAGGCUCCUCAAAUAGGUGUUCAAUUUAUUUUAAAAAAUGCCUCCAAUAUCAGUCCAGUAACUCUACUGAAGCUUCCACAAGGUUCACUCUUUUUGAACACCCAGCAGCAGCCUCAGCAGCAGUGGCUCUACCAGUUUAUUCCACAACCACAACUCCAACAGCCCACAACUACUGGUCCUCAGGAGCCAGUGCCACAGAGUUCAAGUGUACAAGGUUCAACCAGUCAGAGAACAGCCUCAUCUGCUCAGCAAGCCAUUGUCCUUAACCUCCCUGGAGCAGGAAGUUUUCUGCAGCCCCAGCCGGUGGUGUUGGCUCCGCUUGACUCUGCAGAGAGUGAAAGAAGACCCCAGCAGAGCCGAUCUCAUCCCCAGCACACACUGCAGCAGGCCCCUGCCUUGCAGCGGCAGCCACAGCAGCAGGUACAACAGUUCAGAAUCUUGCAGGGCCCCGUGGCCCUGACAACAGUAGUCGCCCAGAGAGCUGGGCCGCCUCCACCUAGUGUUCAGACAGCAAACCAGCCAAAAGGUAAAAUGAAGAAAGGCACAUAA